CUUUUACACACGUAGAAUUUUUAUCACUUUUUCCUUUAUAAUGCUAUGCAGUCCUGAACCACCAUCGCUUACUCUAGAAGUUGUUCUCAAUGAUCCUUCAUCUGAUCUAUUCAAAGAAUUUGCAAACUAUCUACGACAGUCAUAUUGUAUCGAAAAUUUAGACUUUUGGAUUGCUGUACAAAAGUAUAAAGAAUGUACAAAUGAUAAAUCAUUGGCUUUGCGAUGUGAGGAUAUGAUCAAUGAGUAUAUACGACCCAAUUCACCACAGGAAAUCAAUAUCCCUUGUGACAUGCGAGAAGCUAUCCUAGACUUUUAUCAACAAGGCAAUUAUCAUCCCAAACUAUUUGGUGCUGCAGCAGAAGCAGUACUUGAAUUGAUGAGAGUAAAUUCAUUUAUACCUUGGCUCAUGUUGAACGCAAACAGUGAACACUGGGAAACGAGUACGGGAGGAAUAAAGCAUUCUGCUUCAAGCACUUCUUUAUCUGAUAAAUUAGGAGUCAAACUAAAGCAAAUUUCACGAAAAAGUUGGUCCUCUUUUGAUUAUCCUUCUGGAGAUAGCCGAUUUUUAUUUUCAGUGACAAGUUAUAGCAAUAACUCUGUAUGCAGAUCCAUGUUGAAAAAACUUAAAAGGUCGUUUUCAGGGCAUCAACGACAAUAACGACUCCCCUUUUUGACAAAAACAAAGAUUAUAGACAUUUAUAGAACAGAGAUCCUUCAUCGAUACCCAGUUCCUUCCUUUUUCCCCUUUUGUAUUUUAAACUUGCAUGUACUUCCCACCCAUUCUUUUAUUCCUAUAUACUUUUAAAAUUGUAUCCAUAUUAUCUCACAUUUAUCCUACCUUGCAUCUUGUUGAGCAAGUCACGUCAUUACCUCUUAUGUCAAUAAACUUUUUCUGCCAU